AUGGCUCGCCACGGGGAUACUCGCUCACCAUCUCCUGUAGGCAGCACAUUCUCUUCAUCUCGCCGCAGCCGCAGAGAUGAUGAUCGUUAUGAAAAAAGAAGGGACGAAAUUCGCGGGCACAGAAGAUCCCGCAGCCCGGAGCGGCGUUACCGCGAUCGCGAUGCUGGUCGCGACCGAGAUGGCUACCGAAGACGCGAGCGUUCCCUAGACAGACGCGACGAGGACAGCUAUCGACCCGCACGGAGAGAUAGGUCCCGAGACCGCCGCCGAGACGAUGACCGUGAUUAUCGCCGCAGGAGCCGCGACAGAGAUUACCGACCCAGGCGAGAUGAUUCACGCGACCGCGAUCGCAGGCGCACAGAUGAUUCUGCUGACUUGAAGCACAAGCCUAGACGGGAGGACAGCCGUGACCGUGGCGCGAGCCGACAUUCCACCUCUCGGGCUCUCGAGACAUCCAAGCCAUCGACCCCCGCACCUGCCGCUCAGACCGAAGAAGAAAAGAAGGCCGAGAGACGUGCUAAAUUAGAGGCAUGGAAACAGAAGCAAGCAGCGGAGCGCGAACGAAAGCAACAGGAGGAGGCAGCAGGUGGUCCCCGAAACAUCCUGGACGCCAUCGAUCGGAGAUCGGGCCUAUCGCCUGCUGUUGGCUCGCCACAAACACCGACGACUCCCACCGAUACUGCGGCUAGCACUCCGUACGCCGGGAAGUUUGACCCAAAGGCAAUUGCGAAGAAUGCUACAAGUAACACCGCUGCUGCUCCAGCUGUCCUUGGCACCGACGUCGCCGUCCCGCAAACGACCAACCCAUCCAUGAAACAACCAGCUCCCCUCUCUGCCCCUUCUGCCCCAUCUACACCCGCUCCUGCUCCGUUGAAGGCUAAAGGCAAUGUCAGUGGAUUUGGACUAGGUGCAAAGCCUGCUUCUGAUGCCGAGAAACCCUCAGCCACUCGUACCCUGGGAUUCGGCGAGGAAGAGUCGACUCGUAAAAAGCUGGAGCGCCUCCCGACACCUCCGUUCGACGACAGCAAAGAUGCCCAAGCGAAUGAUGACGCUGGAGAGGACGAUGACGUUGACAUGCAAGACGGAGAUACCGAGGAGGAGGCCGCGGCAGCCGCUCGAGCGGCCGCCGAACGACGAGAGGAGCGGCUUCAAACCGAAUCUCGGGCAUAUCAAACUCAGGGUGAUGUUCCGGAAGGAGAGUCUCAAACCAACGGGGAUAUCGAUAUGACCGACUCCUCGAAUCAAGAGCCUGAACCCUCUAAGAUGGAGGUAGACGAAGAAGAGGUCGAUCCUCUUGAUGCAUUCAUGUCAGAGCUUGCCGAUACUGCCCCGCCGAAGAAAGCAUUUGGCGCCAAGUCCGGCAAGAAAAAAGAAUCACAGGCUCCCCAAGCUAUGUUUGGAGACGAAGAUGACGUGGACAUCACAGCAGUCGGUGAAGAAGAUGCAGACGACGUUCUUGCCAUGGCGAAUAAGAAAAAGAAAAAGGAAAUUCCCACGAUUGACCAUAAGAAGAUUGAAUAUGAGCCUUUCCGCAGAAAGUUCUAUAACGAGCCGUCCCAUCUUGCCGAUAUGACCGAAGAAGAGGUAGCAAACUUGCGUCUCGAGCUUGACGGUAUCAAGGUUCGUGGUCUGGACGUUCCGAAGCCAAUCCAGAAAUGGUCCCAGUGUGGUCUGGGUGUACAGACACUCGAAGUUGUGGACAAGCUUGGCUACGAAGGUCUCACGUCCAUUCAGGCACAAGCAAUUCCUGCCAUUAUGUCUGGUCGAGACGUGAUCGGUGUCGCCAAAACUGGCUCAGGAAAGACCAUCGCCUUCCUCAUUCCAAUGUUCCGUCAUAUCAAAGACCAACGGCCACUCGAAAACAUGGAGGGCCCUAUUGGCCUGAUCAUGACGCCCACCCGUGAACUGGCAACACAGAUUCACAAGGACUGCAAGCCGUUCUUAAAGGCACUGGGUCUCCGGGCUGUAUGUGCCUACGGAGGUGCACCCAUCAAAGAUCAAAUUGCUGAACUUAAGCGAGGUGCUGAGAUUGUUGUUUGCACACCCGGCCGGAUGAUCGAUUUGCUUGCCGCUAAUGGAGGCCGAGUCACCAAUCUCCGACGUGUCACCUAUGUGGUCCUCGAUGAAGCAGAUCGCAUGUUCGACAUGGGAUUCGAGCCUCAGGUAAUGAAGAUCAUGGCCAACAUUCGACCAGAUAAGCAAACGGUGCUCUUCUCCGCCACUUUCCCUCGCAAUAUGGAGGCAUUGGCGCGAAAGGCUUUGAAGAAACCUGUUGAGAUCGUCGUUGGUGGCAGGAGUGUUGUGGCCCCUGAGAUCACGCAGAUCGUGGAGGUUCGGAACGAAGACCAGAAGUUCUUCCGUCUUUUGGAACUCCUCGGCAACCUAUAUGCAGAUGACGCGAACGAGGAUGCCCGGGCCUUGGUCUUUGUCGAAAAACAAGAAUCCGCAGACGAUCUGCUCAAGGAGCUGAUGCGGAAGGGUUAUCCUUGCAUGUCCAUCCACGGUGGAAAGGAUCAAAUCGAUCGUGACUCUACCAUUGAAGAUUUCAAGGCGGGUAUCUUCCCUAUAUUGACAGCCACCUCGGUCGCCGCGCGUGGUCUGGAUGUAAAGCAACUGAAGCUCGUCGUGAACUACGACGCUCCCAACCACUUGGAGGACUAUGUCCACCGAGCUGGUCGAACCGGGCGUGCUGGAAACACCGGUACUGCAGUCACAUUCCUUACCGAGGACCAAGAACGGUACUCCGUGGAUAUCGCCAAGGCUCUCAGGCAGAGUGGACAAGAAAUCCCAGAACCUGUACAGAAGAUGGUGGACGCUUUCUUGGAGAAGGUCAAGGCCGGUAAGGAGAAAGCCAGCAACUCCGGGUUCGGUGGUAAAGGCUUGGAGCGGCUUGACCAGGAGCGUGAAACCGCUCGUAUGCGUGAGCGUCGAACCUACAAGACCGGAGAUGAAGGCGACGAGGAAGAAGAGAAGGACGAGAAGACCAAACAGGCCGACGAGGAUCGGUUCAACAAGGCUCUUUCGUCGGUGCAAUCUGCCGCCGCCCCCUCGGCUCCACCAGGUCCCCUCGCUGGCGUUCCCAAGGGCAUCGAUCUGGACGGCAAAAUCACCGUGCACAGGACCGAGAAGGAUCCCAACGCUGCUUCAAAGAACCCAUUGGACAAAGUCGGUUCAGCCGUGGCCGAUAUCCACGCCCGCCUGAGCAAGGCAGGCGUGAUGAGAUCAGGCGUCCCCAUCGACAACCGUGGACCUGACGCUGGCGCGUUCCAUGCGACGCUUGAGAUCAACGACUUUCCCCAGAAAGCUCGUUGGGCCGUCACCAACCGCACCAACGUCGCCAAGAUCCUCGAAGCCACCGGCACAUCCAUUACCACCAAGGGCAACUUCUACGCUUCCGGAAAGGAACCUGGUCCCAACGAUCUACCCAAGCUGUACAUUCUGGUCGAGGGCGAAACCGAGAUUUCCGUUACCACUGCCAUGCGUGAGCUGAUGCGCUUGUUGAAGGAGGGAACUAUCGCAGCAGCUGAUAGCGACGCCCGUGCGCCGGCCAGUGGUCGGUAUAACGUUGUUUAG